AUGGAAGACCUUGACGAAGAGGCGAAUCCGUUGAGUAGUUACCCGACCGCUGCUGGUGUUCACGACACUGACAAUUGUCAAACAUUUGCCCCGUCAAAAGGCGAGAAGCCACUUGACGUAUUUAUUUUCGGGAUAUUUGGUUUUAUCCUUCAGAUUUUUUUCUCCAUCGGGAUCUCAGCCUCUCAAGACAUCUUGGAGGAGACAUUGGUUCCUACACCGGCACUGUUAAUUUCUGCUUCGCUGCCAUUUUUCUUUAUCACAUCUGCUUUGCCCUAUUUUAUCCUGAAACUUCCGCAAACCUUCCUUCUAGUGCCAAUCGUGUUUCUUAGCAUUAUCGGAGUAUUACUGUAUUCUUUAGUUGAGAAUGUAGUGAUUCGGAUAGUAGGAGUGGUGAUUGUUUCUACUGGCGUUGCAAUCGGCGAAGUUACGUUUGUUUCAUUGACUGCUCUCUACGGUGACAGUGCAAUGAGUGCGUACGCUGCCGGUACUGGAAUAGGAUUCAUCAUUGGACCUCUCUACUAUACAGGUAAGGUGACCGCUUAAUAGGUACGAGUAACCUCCGAUCGGGUAAAAAUUGGCAGUUUAAUUAGCCGCUCUCUAUAAAUUUCUGUUUUGCAGGUGGCACUUUUGUAUUUACCGGCCAUUCCCUUAAAACAAAUUUAUUCUGAACGAAUUAUCGCCUGAUCGAAGAUCAUCUUAAAGCAAUUAAAACCAAGACGCAAAAAUCAGAAUUAUUUCCUACAGAGUACUAAACAUGAAGGGAGAGUAGUAAUUUCCGAUUGGUCAUCCACAGACGGCUCAAAAUUCACAGAACGAUCAAUUACAGUUGUGUACAGUGGUCAAAUAGUACCACCGAAGAAGAGAAGUGUUUUUCAACGGGGCCUAACAUCCUGGAAGCUUCGACUUUCAUACAUCUAUCCUUAUAAGUUAAGAAAAAAAGAAGUAAUUUUCAAUUAUUUGGAAGUUAUUCUGAGAAAAAGAAGGGCGAGAGCGGUAAAAAUCGGCAGGAGAAAUUCAUGGGCGUCAACAGCUGUGUAAACGGUACGGUGCCGCAGGGGUGUUCAAACUGAAUGAUGCAAAUUAACCAAUCGACAGCUACAAGUUGACAAAAAUAAAUGCAAAUGAUCAUGGUCGUGUUUUAUUGGGAUGAACCGUUGGAUCAAUAAUUUAGGUUUCUGGGAAACUACCCACUUGAACCGUUCUCAGUUGGUUUACUCCCUUGUUUGUUUGUUGUUCUUGUGUUUGUAAGAAUUUGGUUGACCGACUUUUUCAGCCAGCAUUUUCCAUGCUGACUUUUCCAUGCUGAGCUGCGUCAUUUUUCUACGAGUGCUUGCGUGGGCCUAACAUGAAAACUGUAAAGGACCUUUUAGGGGACAGGAAGCCCAUGUUCAAUGAUAUGUGACAACUUGACUUUACGUCUCGUUCACGCCGAUUAAAUGACUUCUCAGUCUAGCAAUAACUUUACGAUCUAGCACAAGACUAGUUCAGUGAAUCUCUCCGACAAGUUCACUCAGGCUCCUUUUAUCCUGACUGGACUUAAAGGGUGUCAAUCCCGGCUCAUUUAAAUUCGGCACCAUCUUACAUCAAUGUAAAUCCCAUUGGCCGCAACAAUUACUAACAUAUAUAUUUUCCUUCGAGGUAAUGGCGUAAUGAGAAAAUCCACUUUCACACCAAAAUUCACAUAGGUCCAGUAAAUGUCCAGUCAAAAUAGAAUAAAAUGAAAAUAGCAAAGAAUGUUCGUGCGAGUAAAAAUCCGAGCUAUGUACAAUACCGUUACAACCAAAAGUACAUUUUGUCAAUUUGCGUACUGUGCCAAAGUUGUCGUUUGGAGCCCUCUUUUUGGAAUAUCGUAACAUUACUAAUUAAUCCCAUCCUUUCCAUACACUAACUCUCUUGGUUUACAAGUUUGCAAGGAAAAACCAAUUAGUUAGGAAUAUGUUACAAGAAAGUUUAGUUAACACCUGUUUUCAAACAAUCAAGGAUAAUUACAUUUAAUGAUGCGAAAGAAGCUAAACGAUCCAAAAAACAGGUUUUUUAACCUCCAAACAAAGCAGGCCAGUUCAAUAAACGGCCUAGAGGCCGAAAAGAAUUGUAAAAACAGUAUUUCCAUGGCGCCCUUAAAGUACCUGACAACUCGAACUGGUCAGGAAAAAGUCAAUUGAUAGAAACCAACGUUUUUCUUUGUUCCAACCGCUUAAAUGAUCUUAAAUCAACUGAGUAAAUAAUUGUGCAGUUUUAAUUUCUCACGUUCUGUCCUCCGAGUGUUAGGGACAAAAAAGCAAUUUUGUCAAUACUCCCUUGGCUCUUAAUUCCCAGAAGAGACUUGAGCACAAAGAAAACCAAACCAAAUGUAGAAAAAUGACCUAGUUGAGAAAGCCUUGGGGUCAAGUUAGAAUUUUUAUUUAUUAUAUACAUACUGAGAAAUACUCACCAAAAAGCUAUGUCGUAAAUUGCGUACGCAAAUUAGUUCUAGCCAAUCAGAGGAGCGAACGAUGGUUUUCACUCGUGAAAAAAAUGAUACGUCCAAUCAGAAUCGCGAACGAUGUUUUUUCACGUGUGAGAAAAAUGAUACGUCCAAUCAGAAGCCACAGAGGUGUGUGAGUUUCGCGCCAAAAUUCCCGCCUUUAAUUGCAGCUUGCAGCGCCGCUUCGCACACAUUCAACGAGAAAAGUUUUACUCAAAGAGUUUUUCUCGCUAAAAAAGUGACAAACAUUUCGGAAAUGGAGUGGAAUAGUUUCGUUUCUUUCACUGUCGAUGAAAAAAACGGUAGAGAGCCGGCGAAACAACAACGGAAAGGGAAAAACAGAACGAGACGUAAGCUUUUGUUGUGCUUUUUGUCGGAGCUACUUUGCCUUUCAUUUUAGCUUAUGCUUAUAAUAUUCAAACCGGCCAUUUUCCUUAAAUUCACUCAUUUUCAAUUGUGCAUUGAGAACAAACAGUUAAGAUAACUUAUAGUUCUUGGAUUACCUCGUAUCCUUACCGUCCUUUAUGUUUUUAACAAACGUUUUUACUAAAAAGCUGGUACUUCGUUUUCGUUGUCAUUUUGCGGUAAGUGUGUAGCGGCAAAUUUUUGAAAGAUUUAAAAUAAAAAGGCCGCCAAAAUGAUGAAUGUCUCAGUAUGUAUAUAAUAAACACAAUACCACAUGGAAAGUGCUUUGUACGGUAUUUACGCACUCGUUGUUUUUGUAUCAGAAAUCUUACUCGUUCGCUGCGCUCACUCGUUCGAUUUCUGAUACGUCAACAACUCGUGCGUAAAUACCGUACGCCAGCACUUUCCAUGAAGUAUUCUCUAUUUAUUACUACCACCGAGAAAUGUGUUAUCUGAACACACGUAAAAAUACGAUAUUUUUACAUGUGAAGAUAUCGAUAAUUUCACUGACAUCAGGUUUGUCUCUUAAAUUGUACUUAAAUUCGUUGGUGUAUCAUCGAAACAUCUUCGGGUCUUUCUCGAAAGUGCUCGGCAAUCUUCGGAAAUCUUCGGACAUCUUCGGAAAUCUUCGGAAAUUCUCGGAAAAUGUUCGGGAACGUUCGUCUGGUCAUCGGGACAAUUUGAAAAAUCUUCGGAAAUCUUCGGAAGGUGGUCGGAAAUCUUCGGAAAAUCAUCAAAAACGCCGUCAUCCGUAUGUUUAUAUAAUAAAAAGAAUAUUACACGUUAGCUCGAAGAUAUGAAUUUUAUGUUCUCGUGGCAAGAGCAAUAUCUCACGAGUGAGCGCAGCGAACAUAAAAUUCAUAUCUUCUCGCCACCGUGUAAUAUUCUCUAUAUAUCGAACGUCGGCUAUAUUUAAGCAAAAGAGAGAACUUACCAAAUCAGACUAAGGCGCGUGCGUCAACAUUCGAAAAGGACCUACUACAAAUAAAGCUUGCACAUUUCACGUAACAUACGUACCAAUAAAACAUCCUUAAAUAUCAUAAAUCAAAGCGAUAACUGUAAAAAUAUCACAAGGAACAAUGCUUACGUUGUAAAUAACAACGGUUACUGGCCUGCUUAGUAACUUAUCGAUGCGAACGAAAGGAGAACAAACCAACCAUAUAAAACACAAUGCGAACGUUAAGUAGAAAUGUUAAGAUUCAGGAAAAGGGUCCCCAAUUAAGCCCGGCAUCGCGACCCGCAUUUUUGUUCAGCCCCGUAAGCCCGAUGGUUAUUUUUGGCGCCCCGUAUCCCGCGUCCCCUACUUUCAAUCCCGAACCUCGCCCCAAUUUUGCUGUAAAAUCGCAAAUCUCGGUAUUCAAGUAAGUAGGGGGUCUUCAAUAGGGUUUUACAAUCCCGUCAUUCCGACCCACAUUUUUGUUCAGUCCCGUAAACCCGAUGGUUAUAUUCGAGGUUCUGCGUCGUGCGUCCCGCGUCCCGCGUCCACUGCACUACUCUUAAUCCCGAACGUCGCCCCAAUUUUGCUGUAAAAUCCCGAAUCCUGGCAUUCAAGUACGGCAAACCCCUCAUCUUAAAAAAACCUGUUGGGGACCCUUCCAGGGAGGGCUCCCAUAUGAAAGAGGCGGGAUGCUCGUCGGGAAUUUUGAGUUGAACCCCUAAAGGAGACUAAUCUGGGCUUGGCCCAACCUUUUUUAGACCCAGAAAAGAGACCAUUUUAAACUUUGAUUACAUGAAUCGAGUAAAUAAAACGAAUUGAAAAAAAUAUAUAUUAUUAUUUUUUAUAUUUCUUCGCGUGUAACCUCAAAAGAGACCUUUACGGCUAAAUAUAAUGGUGUUUUGCCCGGAACACCCCGAGUGAGACCAAAAUCCGAAAUUUACACCCCUAAGCGAGACAACGAGCAUCCCCGCCCCUUUCAUAUGGGAGUUCCCCCUCACCCCCCCACCUGGGCGGAUCCUCAGAUGAUACGACAUGUUAAACUAACAACAAGUGUUUGUUUUUUUCUUAGCGAUGACAACCGUUAUUUGUGUGUCUCCACAAACAACUGUUCUCCUGAUUUCUUGGAUACCACUCAGCAUUUUCCUUUGCUAUGCACUAAUUGAAAAGAGAGAUUAUACGUCUGGUGAUGAUUCCUUUCAGGACAUUGCUUAUACUUCUCUCCCUCACGAGAAUGCCUCAACGGAAGGAAAUUCAACAACUUGGUCAGAAAAGCAGGCUUUAAUUGUACAAAAUUUCCACCUCGUUGUUGCAUUUUUCGUGGGAUACUUUUCAGAGUUUUCAACUCUCAACGGAGUUGUCACAACGCUUGCGUUUCCCAACUCACUUUUCGACCCUAGGAAUCACUUCGUGUACUACGCAUGCGUGUUCAUGAUUGGCGAAUGCAUAGGCAGGUCUUACAUAUCUUUCUUGGCCUUCAUCAACGUGCAAUAUGCACUGGUUAUUACAAAAACCUGGAUAUUGUCAAUAAUUCUUUUUGGCUUGUUUAAUUUUUUAACUCUUGCAUCGUGGUAUCGAUUUCUGCCUAGCGUUUGGAUAGUGCUACUGCUUUGCUUUGUUGUCGGGCUUUUAGCGGGAAGUUUAUACCUUAACACUUAUCUAGUGGUGACCGCUCGUGGACAAAACGACGAAAAAGGCAAGGCAUUUUCGCGUGCUUUUCUCUCAGUGGGACCAAGCGCCGGCGUGUUAUUUGCUGGUAUCGUGGGCCUGGGACUAGAACCAGCUCUAAGAACGCACUGCCUUGAGUCGUCGCAUUUCAGGGAAUUUUGUUUUACAAGGUCUAUGUACGGAUGGAAUAAAACCACAUCUUGUUUGAGGUGA